CCUCAGGCCAGCCUUCCUCACCUCACUGUCUUCUACCUCUGUGCCCGGUGUUCGUACACAAAUCUGACCGCAGAUCAGCUCACUCGGGCUCCUUCCACACUACGAGUCACACCAACUGGGAUUCAGACCAGAGGAAAUCGUGUUCGUCGGCAGCCAGGUCCGCACGCCAAGUCACAUCCAUUGCAGAGCACGGCGAGGGAGCGGACGGUGAGAUAAGACGGGACUGAAACCAAAGGAGAAAAAGGCUGGUAGGAAACAACAGAGAGGCUUUAAUGAAAAAACACAUUUAGCUGAAACGGGAGAGAGAGAGGACUGGCUGGCCCCGCAGAAGGAGGAGUAGUACGCGUAGCUAAUUUCCAACAUUUUCUAUUAUUGGCAGCGAGAGUGUGAUCACCGAGCCACAGUUAUAAAGAGAGCUAGCGGUAUGUAAUGCUAGCACGCUAGCGAAUGUUAGCUGGCUAAUUAGCUCGUCAGGCAUCCAAGAGUCGGACGUGUGGUCUUUAUUAAAAUAGGUCACUGUUUGGCGUCGUUUUACUUUUUUUUUGGAGAAAGCCGUGCUUAAUGUGCUUUGUGUGGAAUCCUGGCAGGCUCAUAAAGCUCUGCCUCGAAUAGCUAACGCCAAGUUAGACAUAAUAAAACAGUACAAGCUGCCUGUAUUAAUGAAUUGCUAAAAAUCAGUUCAAUAUUAUCUGUCUGCGCGUCUUGUGGAAAAGCCAAAUCCAUUGUGAAUUCCGAGCUGUGGACAAUUUAAAAAAGGAGAAGGCAACGGAGGAAAAACAGACUUUUGACUGGUGACUGUCUGCCGUCCAAUGUUAAUGUCGACCGACAUUGCAUCUAUAAUGCUUCCCGUUAGUCGGGGAAUAAUGGACCGGGAAAGAGACAUUGAUACAGCAGCGGGACCCCAUGCGAGCGCGGUCGGGGGUCCAGCGGCUGUCCGGGGGAUGAAGCGAGGAGACCCGGAGCCCGACGCUCAGACAGCCCCUGCCCUGACUGACUUAGCCGGGGCGGAGUGCAAAAGACCAAGAAUAGACGGGACCGGGGGUGUUGUUGGUGACAUUGGCCAGAACAAUGAGCCUCUAAACCCUGGUUUCCAUGGAUACCCACCUCACAGUCAGGGCUCUCAGGAUUCAACAGGAGGACAGGAGGGCUUGGUGGCCCCACCCUUUGCAGCGUUCCCCCCUCCGCCCCCUCCUCAAAACGGACUACCGGGGACGGAUUUUGUCCCCGGGGCCAUGUUCGGUGCUGGGGGCCAAGCUACAGCAGAGGUAGGGGCCGGCGCUAACGGAGCCACCACUGCUACCAGCAACAACAACAACAAUGGAAAGACAGAGGAGACGUCCCAGGGCGAGGCGGGUGUACAGUGUGGUACAGUAGUGGUUGGACCAGUGGGCUCCCCGGGAGAGUCCGCAGAAGCCAAAGGGACCCCCAAACGCCUCCACGUCUCCAACAUCCCCUUCCGCUUCCGGGACCCAGAUCUCAGGCAGAUGUUUGGGCAAUUCGGGAAGAUUCUGGAUGUAGAGAUUAUUUUCAAUGAGAGGGGUUCAAAGGGUUUUGGCUUUGUGACAUUUGAGACCAGCGCAGACGCAGAGAAAGCCAGGGAAAAGCUCCACGGCACACUGGUGGAAGGUCGUAAGAUUGAGGUGAAUAACGCCACUGCCAGGGUGAUGACUAACAAGAAAAUGGUCAGCCCCUACCCUAAUGGAGAGGCUCUCAGCACACUGCCUUAUGCGGGGUGGAAGUUGAGUCCCAUGGUGGGGGCCAUGUAUGGACCAGAAAUCUACGCAGUCCCAGGGUUCCCCUACCCUUCAGCAGCAGCAGCAGCCACCACAGCAGCAGCAGCGGCGUUUCGGGGCGCCCAUCUCAGGGGCCGAGGCCGGCCCGUCUACAGCGCAGUGCGGGCAGCCGUGCCUCAGCCUGCCAUUCCUACCUACCCUGGUGUGGUGUAUCAGGAUGGGUUUUACGGAGCAGCAGACUUAUAUGGAGGCUACCCUGCUGCUGCUGCCGCUGCCGCUGCCUAUCGCUACGCCCAGCCUGCGGCCGUAACCGGAGCAACCGCCGCGGCUGCCGCCUACAGUGACAGUUAUGGCCGGGUGUACACUACAGAUCCAUACCACGCUUUAAGUCCAGCUGCUGCCGCUUACGGAGUCGGAGCCAUGGCCAGUUUAUACCGGGCAGGAUACAGUCGGUUCGCUCCUUACUAAAGCUGCAAAGGAACCCAAGGAAUUUCACGUCGCUCCCCAAAAAAAAAAAAAAAAAACCUCCCUUUUUCAAGCUCUUUGUUUGGCAGGAGCUCCCCUCCAUUUUUUCUGCAGGCGAACUACAGUGACAACUCAUGUGUUUUUUGUUUUUUGUCUUUUCUUUUUUCUUUUUUUUUUUUCGUUGUUGUUUUUGGGGUGGCGAGAGACGUCGUUGCCACAUCAUCAACUCAAAACUCUGUUUCUGUACUCGUCUGUCUGUGACACGGAUACAAUGAAAAAAAACUGCCAGGAGUGUCUCCCACAUAAAGAAAAAAAAAAAGAGCCGGAGCCUGCUGUUUUUGAACUACAGGGCACAAUUUCAGGAUGGUUACCUUUUUAGAAAACACUACGGGACCUGGGAGGAGAGAGACUGCUGUUCCUGUGUGAUCCCACGCACUACAAACCUUCUUUUUUUUCUUUUUUUGAUGUUACAGUAUAUCCACUGCCCUGUAAGACCUAAUCAGACCUAUAUACACACACACUUACAUUGAGCACUCAGUAUACACUUUCCUCUACAUUUUCCUUUCGUGUUGGCCUGCACAUGAUCAUAGAACUGCCGCAGCACAGCAUUACUAAUAGAAUAAAAAAAAAUAGGUACUCAUGUUUUUAAACACUACAAUGACGUAAAGCCCUCCACAGCAGAGACGUCCCUACGGUUUAGCAUUGUGCUGUAAUAAUGAAGAAAAAAAAAAACAAUCAAACUCAGUCUGCUCGAUAUACAAAGAUGUAGGAAUUAUAAUAGUUAUUUUGUGAAGCUGGCGUUCGGAACAUUCAGCCAGAGGAAGGGAACUUGGGAGCGUCUGACAGACAGAAACCACUGUUGUCCUGGGUAAUAUCAAACUCUGAACAACAUGGCAUGGGAAGAAAAAAAAAGCCUCCGGUUUGGUUAUUAUUUUUCUUUUUUUUUGUCAUUUUCUGAACAUGUCACAACUUCCCCUUAAGUUUUAAAGGAAACACAAGAAAACUAAAAUGUUUUUUGUUUUUUUAAAAAUCAUUAAAAAAAAAAAAAUUAUGAAAAUGACAAUGAAAAGGAAACAAGCGACUUGUUUUUUUCUGCAUUACCUCAGUUUUUUUUUCUUCUUUUUGUUUUUUUGCCGCCAUUGAUAAGAAGUUGCAUAGAAAUGUCAUUUAUAUAUGAUAAACUGUCCAUUGAUUUCACAUUGUCCUUAUUGCUGGUCCACGCAUAUUCCAUUUCUUACUCUUAACUGCAACACUAAGAUGAAUCUGUUCCUACUCACUACAGCUAUGAACUAUCCCUGUAUGUCUAUUUUGAGAAUACAGCACGCCUCCCCCUCCCUUCACCUCCCCUCUAAAGCUCAUCCUUCACGUUAGUUCCUUAUCUGUUCAUACUACUACUUCCAAAGAAGGACUCACUUCUUUUUUAUCUCCUCGACUGUCAGACAUUCCAGCUGCGGCGGCGCUGCAGUGAAUGAACGGGUCAAAUGGACAAAGAACCAUAAAUUAGAGACAAACUAGAUUUAGCCGAGCAGAUUUGAAACUGGGCGGGGGGCGGGGGGCAUCUACAUGGGAAUCAUCGAAUGGGAAUCCCUCCUGGCCAAUCAAGAUAUUUAUGCCUACAGGCUUCCAGGCUGCAUGGAAACGGUGUCUGAUCUCAACAGCAGAUCCCAGCAGAACAGCCCAGAUUAGAAUACAUUAAAACCGAGAGAUCGCAGUCACGUAACGGUGUCUUGAAGUAUCCCGCAGCUGACGGGGGUUUUCUAUUAUGUUAGUGGGGAGGGGGGGAAGCACAGACGCUGUCACUUAGCUGGGAACUCUUGCUGUCCUUUUUGUAAGUCCAUCAUGCUCUCUGGGAUCGUUCGGUCUGAAUACUUUAAAACUUCUCCUCACCGGUGCGUUUGAAGUGUCGUUAAAAAAGAUUGGGCGAAACAGUUUCAGCCUCUUGUCCUAUGUAUUACAUCUCCAUUAUACUCUCACUGUGUUAUUGUUGCUAUUAUUUGCCUUUUGUUGGUUCCAAAGAUUUUUUUUCUGAAGAAAGCACAUUUUUGGUCCUGAUUUAUUUCUUGUUUUUUCUUGUGGUUGAUUGUUUUUGUUGUUUUUCUUUGCCUUAUACUUCAUGUUAUAUUUCUUUAUCUGUGGGGUUGAAGCUGUUUUUGUUUUUUUCUACGUUGAAACAGCACAGUGCCGCAACAAGCAUCCUGGAAAAUGUCAUUGCAGCGGUGUCGACACAAUGACAGACGUCUCGAAGGUUGCAUCAUAUUUGGGAAUUGUGACCUGCAAACAAGACAACCUUAAAUUGAAUUCGGUCCACACGCUAAUUUAUUUGCCUUUCUUUUCAUUUUUUGGUCGACACAUGAACACGCUGUACAUGCAGAGGUGUUUACUGCAGACAAGGGAAAGCAGAGCAGAUGGGAGUCAUGAGGGAUUAUGCUGAGAGGAUGUUUGGGAUAGCCGGUAGGGGCCAAAUCACAGGCGAAGUAAACGUCCACACAAUGUCGAAAGGGCCCCCUGUUGGCUCAGCAGUAGCCACCUUUCUUUUUUUUUUUGAACAAUUAAACUGUGUG